UUGAUUCUCCAAACUAUAUGAAAGUAUAGUAUAUAUGGAUCCGUUAUAAGUAUUUUUAGUCUAUGGUUAAAGGGCGUUUUAUAUAUAAUCGAAAAUCUAUCAAUGUUCUAUCAGUUGAUAAUUUUUAACAUAUUUUUAGUUGCCUAAAACAGUGAAGAAUAUAGAUUCAAUUAUAAUUAAAAUAAUUCUGAAAACUCUUAAAAAUUUAGAAUGACAGAUUCAAAAUAUUUUACCACCACUAAAAAAGGUGAAAUAUUUGAACUUAAAUCAGAGUUAAAUAAUGACAAGAAAGAAAAAAAAAAAGAAGCCGUAAAAAAAGUUAUUGCUUCCAUGACUGUGGGUAAAGAUGUGUCAGCACUCUUUCCUGAUGUGGUCAAUUGUAUGCAGACAGAUAAUUUAGAACUCAAAAAAUUGGUGUAUUUAUAUCUGAUGAAUUAUGCCAAAAGUCAACCAGAUAUGGCCAUCAUGGCUGUCAACACAUUUGUCAAGGAGCUAGCGACAUCUCCGAUGACAAAGGAUUGCGAGGACCCAAAUCCGUUGAUCCGAGCAUUAGCAGUUCGCACAAUGGGUUGUAUACGUGUGGACAAGAUUACUGAAUAUCUCUGUGAGCCAUUGCGAAAAUGCCUGAAGGAUGAGGAUCCAUAUGUUCGUAAAACUGCAGCUGUUUGUGUAGCCAAGCUUUAUGAUAUUAAUGCAGCUUUAGUUGAAGAUCAAGGAUUUUUAGAUCAAUUAAAAGACCUUUUAUCAGAUAGCAAUCCUAUGGUCGUUGCAAAUGCGGUAGCCGCAUUAUCUGAAAUUAAUGAAGCAAGUCCAAGUGGACAACCUCUUGUUGAAAUGAAUGCGCAAACUAUUAAUAAAUUAUUAACAGCACUUAAUGAAUGUACAGAAUGGGGUCAGGUUUUCAUUUUAGAUUCUCUUGCAAAUUAUUCGCCGAAAGAUGAUCGAGAAGCACAAAGUAUUUGUGAACGUAUUACUCCACGUUUAGCUCAUGCUAAUGCAGCAGUUGUUUUAUCUGCUGUUAAGGUAUUAAUGAAAUUAAUAGAAAUGUUACAAUCAGAAUCUGAUUUUGUUGGUACAUUAACAAAAAAAUUAGCUCCACCUCUUGUAACUUUACUUAGUUCUGAACCUGAAGUACAAUAUGUAGCAUUACGAAAUAUAAAUCUUAUUGUUCAAAAACGUCCAGAUAUUUUGAAACAUGAGAUGAAAGUUUUCUUUGUUAAGUAUAAUGAUCCUAUUUAUGUUAAACUUGAAAAAUUAGAUAUUAUGAUUCGUUUAGCAUCCCAAGCUAAUAUAGCUCAAGUUUUAUCUGAAUUAAAAGAAUAUGCUACUGAAGUUGAUGUAGAUUUUGUACGAAAAGCUGUGAGAGCUAUUGGUCGUUGUGCUAUCAAAGUUGAGCCUUCUGCUGAACGAUGUGUUUCAACUCUUUUAGAUCUUAUACAAACAAAGGUUAAUUAUGUUGUUCAGGAAGCAAUUGUUGUUAUAAAAGAUAUUUUUCGAAAGUAUCCAAAUAAAUAUGAAAGUAUUAUUUCCACUCUUUGUGAAAAUUUGGAUACACUUGAUGAACCUGAAGCACGUGCAUCUAUGAUAUGGAUUAUCGGAGAAUAUGCAGAACGAAUUGAUAAUGCAGAUGAAUUACUUGAAAGUUUCUUAGAAGGAUUCCAUGAUGAAAAUACACAAGUUCAAUUACAAUUACUCACAGCAAUUGUAAAAUUGUUCCUUAAAAGACCUACAGAUACUCAAGAAUUGGUUCAACAAGUUCUUAGUUUAGCAACUCAAGAUUCUGAUAAUCCUGAUCUACGAGAUCGAGGAUUUAUUUAUUGGCGAUUACUUAGUACAGAUCCAGCAGCAGCCAAAGAAGUUGUACUUGCUGAAAAACCUCUUAUUUCGGAAGAAACAGAUUUGUUAGAACCAACGCUAUUAGAUGAAUUGAUAUGUCAUAUUUCAAGUUUAGCUUCUGUAUAUCAUAAACCACCUACUGCUUUUGUUGAAGGUAGAGCAGCAGGUACUAGAAAAUCAUUACCUGCAAGAAGUAAUUCGAAUGAAGAUUCAACUCAGCAUGCAGCACAACCUCAUGCUCAAGUUAUUCCUGCUCAAGAUUCUUUAAUAGGCGAUCUUCUCAGUAUGGAUAUUGGUGGUCCAACUAUGGUUACUCCAACACCAGCUUCUCAAUCAGGUUUAGGUUUAGACUUAUUAGGAAGUGGUUUAGAUGGAAUUUUAGGUGGAACUGAUACUGGAAAUACUGCACCUGUUGUAUCUCAAACUACUACUGGACUUCUUGGUGAUAUAUUCGGUUUUAACCAAGGACCUACUUCUUAUAUUGCACCUAAAGUUAAUUGGUUACCUGCUGAAAAAGGCAAAGGAUUUGAUAUAUGGGGAACAUUCUCAAGAAAAAAUGGACAAAUUAGUAUGGAUAUGACAUUUACGAAUAAAGCAAUGCAACCUAUGGGUGGUUUUGCAAUACAAUUAAAUAAAAACAGUUUUGGUUUAACACCAGCAGCUCCAUUACAAGUACCAAGUCCUUUAAAUCCUGGUACUAGUAUAGAUACUAGUGUAAUUUUAUCUACUGCUGGUGCAGUACAACGGAUGGAACCUUUAAAUAAUCUUCAAGUUGCAAUAAAAAAUAAUAUUGAUGUAUUUUAUUUUGCUUGUAUUGUUCCCAUGAAUGUAUAUUUUGCAGAAGAUGGACAAUUAGAUAAAAGAGUAUUUCUUAGUACAUGGAAAGACAUACCUGCUCAAAAUGAGGUACAGUACACAUUGAAAGGUGUAAUGCUAACGGCGGAUCAAGUUGUACAAAAAAUGCAACAAAAUAAUGUAUUUACAAUCGCUAAAAGAAAUGUUGAAGGACAAGACAUGUUAUAUCAAUCUCUUAAAUUAACAAAUACUGUUUGGGUAUUGAAUGAAUUAAAAAUUCAGCCAGGAAAUCCUGACGUUACUUUAUCUUUAAAAUCUCGUUCAGUAGAAGUGGCACCAGGAAUAUUUCAAGCAUAUAAUGCAAUUUUGCAUUCUUAAAUAGUAAAUUAAAUAAUUUAAUAUUAAAUUAUAUCAUAUGUUGCACUUUAUGUCAAUAUUUCGUUUAUAUAAAUCAUUUAUACAUAUAUUAUUGCAUAUAAUUUAUAUAACUAGAAAUUAUAAAAAAUAUUUGUUUGUAUUUUAUCAUAGACAUAAUAAAUUUAAUAUAUUGUUAAAUUUAUUAUAAAAUAGAUGUAACUUGAAAUAAAACCAAAUUAUGUUAAUUAUCAAUAUA